GUGAUGAUCAGAAACAGUAGAAAAGACUAAACUAGCAGUGAUGAACCUUGACAACAUCCAACAUCUACAUCAACCCCCAUGAUUCCCAGACAAUGCCCUAGAUGCUUGAGCCUCCUGUUGACCAGCAGCAUGCACCAUCAAGUGGUUACCAGGUGCCCAUCCAGCAGCUCCCUAGUGCUGGCUUCCAUCUUCCAUUGCAGGGGACCUCUCACUCUGGCUUGCCACCAAAGUAUCUUGCUGGACAACCAAUUGGGCGUUACGAUCUGCUCCAGUUCAAUCUCGAUACCAUGGAACUUGUACGCGCAUCUGAAGGGCAUAUCCCGACUGGCAGGAGGCUGGUUAAGGGCGGUUAUGAGGAGGAUGGGAUGCCGCUGUACCAUGGUAUAGCUAUGCACCCUAAUAGUAAGCAUAGAGUACCAGGAAAGACGAGCCCUCGCUUGCGUGGAUGCGUGUACUCUUAUAGUAACGAUGUGCACCUUGCUACAGACUAUGAAAUCUUAGUUCUCUAA